AUGAAUGGUCCAACGGUAGCCGCAAGUGAAUUGCGAGUUCGAACGAUUAUUGAACUUGUAACAAAUGAAACUUAUUAUGAAACUAUGUAUUCACAAUUUGUUGGACCUAUUGAUAUUGCGAUCGAAGCUAUUUGCAAAAAUUAUACGUUUUCUGAAUUAUACGAAACUGCUCCACUAUGCAGUGUACUUCGAUGUAAUAUACGAAGUAUCUAUCCACAAAUUGACUUUCAACAAUAUAUGGCAAUCUGGGAUAACAUUUUUACACAUGCUUCACCGAUCAUUGCUAGUUAUGACAUUUGUGGUCACCCGUCUUGGACGAAAAAGAUGCUCGAGUGA